AUGGUGAUAAAAGUUGCUCAACAACAACAACAACAACAACAACAAAUGCACUCGUCUUCGCCGCCGGAUUUAGCGAAACUCAACGAACUCUUCCCGUCCUCCGAGGCGUAUUAUCAAUCGAUGUCGAGGCCAAAAACGAUCGCAAAGCCGGAUAAGAUUGCGCUGAAAUCAAUGACGAGAGAUGAGAUGAAAGAUUGGCUGGUAUCCAUCGACGAGAAGCCAUCGAGAGUGGAACAGUUGAUUGAAUCCAUGUACAGGAGAAGACAACUAUCGCCAACGAAAGCAGCAGCGGGAGAGGAGGAGAAAGACGACGACGGGAAUUCUUCUGUUUCCAAUUAUUGCAACGACGUCGAAGACAUGUCGUCGGAGAUAUCUGCGAAAUUUCGAGCGAAAAUGCACGAGUUGGCGUCGUUUGGUGGGGAUUUAACUUUAGAUUCCAUCAACGUCGCGAAGGACGGGACGAGGAAAGUCACUUACGCUCUGAGCGACGGCGGGAUCGUCGAAUCGGUCAUCAUACCGCCGUUACCAGGCGAAGCAGAGGAGGACGGGAAAAAGGGACGAACGACGGUGUGCGUCUCUUCGCAGUUAGGGUGCGCGAUGAACUGUCAGUUUUGUUUUACCGCGAAAAUGGGUCUGAGAAAAAAUCUAAACGCGAAUCAAAUCGUGCAACAAGUCGUCAACGCGAGAGAUAUCGCCGGAGAAGAUGUCACGAACGUCGUGUUCAUGGGGAUGGGCGAGCCGUUGCACAACACAGAAAAUGUUCUGAAAGCGGUGAAAAUCAUGACCGAUCCGAAAGGGUUGAAUUUUAGUAAGAACAGAGUAACGGUAUCCACGAGCGGAUUGAUCCCUGGGAUCGAGCGAUUUUUGGACGAGUCCGAUUGCAUGUUAGCCGUAUCGUUGAAUGCGACGACGAACGAAAUUAGGAAUUGGAUCAUGCCGAUUAAUCGGAAAUACCCGUUGGAAGAUUUGUUAGGGGUGAUCCGGGAAAGAUUUAGCAAUAAUAGUAGUGGUGGUGGUGGUGGUAGUAGUAGUAGUAGUAGUAGUAGUAGUAGCGACGAGCGCGCGAAAAGAUCUCGACGACAGCAAAGAGUCUUCUUCGAGUACAUCAUGCUCGCGAACGUCAACGAUUCGUUCGAAGACGCCGAUCGAAUCAUAGAAAUCUCCAAAACGAUCCCGUGCAAAAUCAAUUUGAUUUACUUCAACACGCACGACGGCAGCGAAUUCACGUGUUCCAAUCAAGAGCACAUCUUGGCGUUUCGAAACUAUUUACUCGAGAAUGGAGUUUUAGCGACGAUACGAAAAUCCAGAGGAGACGAAGAAAUGGCGGCGUGCGGGCAGCUCGGGAAACCGGAGGAUCAAGCAAACUGGAAGCCGCAACCGCCGAGAAUGAAACCGCCAAAAAGUAUGUCCAUUUGA